AUGUCAAACUCUGUUCAUUCGAAGACGACGACUCUCAAUGAAAGACAACCAUUGUCACUAACCUUCAACAGACGAUCAUCUCUCGUUGAAGAACCCAAAUUCACAAUCUCCAGUAAUCAAUCUUUUUAUCCAAAUUUUUCCUUCGCUCCACAAUUUGGAACUUUUCGAGUGAGCAUUCGAUAUGACACUUUACCUUUUCUAAACAAUGUUUCCUUCUCGUUAUCCUAUCUAAAUGUUGAUAAAUACAAUCAAGUGAUGAAUUUGAAUUCUGGAAUUUUUAAAGAUUCAGAUUUUGAUGGAGAUUUUGAUUUAUUUCAUUUUGAUCAAUUUUCUUUUGUUGGAAAUUCAUAUAUUUCUGGAUCUAGAAUUUCAAUUCUUGAAUUGAGAUUUACAGAAAAUACAUUGUUGCAACAAUAUCGAUAUGUUUUGAGAAAGAGAGGACCUUUGGAUGUUUCCUAUGAUUUGACAUUUACGGAAUUUAAAUUAAGUACCACAUCGAGAAUUUAUGACAGAUUUCUGUCAGGUUCUCAAUUUGUGAACCUUCCAGUGGGAAUGACAGAAACCUUUUUUUGUGACUCUUGUGUUGCAACUUAUUUGGAUAUUAAUGAUUUGGGAUCAAAGGCAUCAUAUACAUUGACAACUAUUCCAUUUUUGAAUAAUGUCACAAUUAAUGCAGUUUUCACCUUGUCCAACGCCAUGAAUUCCAAUUCCGUGAAUGUAUGGAAAACUUCAAUGACUGUUUCAAUCACGGAUUCAAAAGUGACCUAUUUAGUGACCUCUACCUUAAACACCAUUUCCGAUUUAUACAUACAAGUGACAGCUGUCAAUUGCACAGACACGAACGGCAACUAUUUACCACAGAAUACGUGUCCAUUUAGUUUCUCAGUCAAACCCAACAAUCGACGUGUGGUCGUAUCAAGCAUUGAUGCUGCCAUCGUCGUCACAGCUGUUGUCCUUAGCUCCGUAAUUCUCCUCGCACUAAUUAUUUCCUCCAUUUACUUUUAUUAUCGAUAUCGAAUGAGCAAACGUUAUGAUGUCGAAGGUAAAAGUCGAAACUUACGAGACAUGUCCUCUCUUGCUCAUUUGGCCAAUCGAUCGAGUGGUGCAGUCAAUACCUAUGACGAGAGUCGACAGCCAUACAAAUCCGCGAACGAUCCAUUCGUUCGAUUGGACAAAUUGCAUGGUUAUUCGUUGGAUUCAAGUACUCACUAUGUGAUGGAUGCCAAUGUGAAUUCAACUUUUCGUUCGAAUCCAUUCAAUAGUUUACAAAAUGGAAUUCCAAUUCAAGAAACGGCAUUGCAAUAUGGAGUGGAUGUGAGAAAACAAACACCUGUGACACCCCAAAUCAUGAUACCUCAAGUGGGAUCUGGUAUUAUUUCAGGAAUUUCUGUGCCAUUAGUGGAAUUGGACAUUGAGGAUUCACAAGAAGUGGAACUACAAGAACUGUCAAAUGUCAUGCAUCCACCAUUCAUUUUGCCACAACCACCACAACCACCUACGCAAGUCAGCACGGAAAUUGGUCAAACACUCAUCGAGAAUGCACAACAAUUCCAAUCCAUGAAUGAAUACAUUACUUUUGGAAAUGAAUAUUUCACACCCAACAAUUCCACAAACAUUGUCUCCAAUCAAGAACAUGAAAAAGACGAAGAACACGACAUGGCUUUGAAACAGAAUUCUGUGGAAACUCCAUCAUCGAUGAUGGUUAUGACAACAAAUCCAUCGACUUCUACAGCAAUUUCUUCACGAUGUGAUGAAAAUUCCUCUUUGAAUACUUGUUGA